AGGGGACUACAAGAGGAGGGGUGUAUUCACCCCAGACACUCCCACAGCAUAUAAAUCCAAACCAUGCUGAAUUUCUCAGAGAGAAGCCACACGUGGAGCUGAACUCAGAGGCACAGAGCUAGUGGAGAGGACGCGAGAGGCAGCGCACGGGACAGAGUUUCACGCAAGCCUAAGACGCCGCGGAUAGACAGAGCGAACACGGCGGAUGUGAGUGAGGAAGGUAAAAAGACAGAACCAUAUAGUGAUCAGAAGUCAUCAGAAAGUAAGGAGGACGUUUUUAUGCAGCUUCACAAAAACAAACAAAUAAAUAAAUAAAAAAAAAUCCAGUGUCCCGCGAGGCUCCGGCGCUGACGUGCACCCACAUGCUGGGAAGGGAUCAAAAGUGAGGAGUCCCGAUCCUGCAUGCUGUAUCGUUUCUCUACACUGCGUGAUCGCAGGACCGACGCUGCAUGACUCUGGACCACGUCUGAGAUCUGAGCCAAAGAGCGCUCCGGAAGGGUUUUUCCACACGAUGUCAUUUGCAAUGGUGCGUCCAGCCCCAAGCCGCUACCUGUACUCGGACAUCUCCAUGAUGUCUGAGGAUGACGAGAACGGCAGCGAGAGCUCGGGUUCAGAUGACCGCUCCUUCCGACUGGACGCCUCCGGCUACGAGCUCAAGGUGGGCAGGAAACGGAAACCGGGCAGUGGAGGCGGUGGAGGCGGAGUGCUACCAGGCGCCCCGAACGGUCCACCAGGCGAGGGACGGCAACGCAACGCAGCCAACGCGCGGGAACGAGACCGCACCAACAGCGUGAAUACGGCCUUCACCGCACUCAGGACUCUUAUCCCUACCGAGCCGGCAGACAGGAAGCUGUCCAAGAUUGAGACUCUGCGCCUUGCUUCCAGCUACAUCUCGCAUCUCGGCAACGUCCUGUUGGUCGGCGAGGCCUGUGGUGACGGGCAGCCGUGCCACAGCGGUGGACCCUCAGCGGCCUACUAUCACCAUCACGGAUCACCUACACGAGAUUCCGAGAACUCGCAGCCCAAACAGAUCUGCACGUUCUGCCUCAGCAACCAGAGGAAAAUGAGCAAAGACAGAGACAGAAAAACGGCCCUGAGGAAUUAAUCCGGCGCGAGGAUGAGACGGAUGGACUCGAGGACAAUCACAAACUUUCGACUCGAGACUGGACUUUAAGGUGUAUAUAUAUACGCAAAUAAAAACAUAUUUAAUUGAUCCCAUGUAAAUUACACUCGGACCCUGACUCCUGGGCUGGACAGCAAGCGCGAUGGCGACCGAACCUCCCCCGGACAGCGGCGUCUUAUCCACAAAUAUCUUCAUAUCCAACACAACUCGCUUCGAACCCCGAAUUUUCCAGCUUUAGCACCGGGCAGCUGCAAAGAUAUUCACCAAAAUGUCAGGCUGGACCGCAAAAACACGCCACCUUCAGAGACGCACGCCUGAACCUCCGAGAAGAGAAGAGGCGCGGCCGUCUAAUCUGGACGCGUGUGAUCAGACGGACUGGUGGACAGCAAGAAACCGGGUCCAGACAUAAAGACCGAUCAAGACGCCGUGAGCGUUUAAACUGAUAGGCUAAUGGGGGACAAUACGUGUGUGUCCUGUACCAAAUCCAAUCUGAUAUUCUCAGAAAUGUGCAUUUAGUUAAAUAAAUAAAUAAAGCCAAUAAUUUAAUAAAUUUAACACGGUAUAAUGUAUGUUAAAUAUGGCGAAAUUCAUAUACUCACUGUUCAUUAAACUCAAAACAUAAAACAGA